AUGUCAUCGAAUACUAUCACAUCUGCUUCUGAGAUACUACCUUCCUACCUCCGCAGCUCUGAACCUUUUUCCCCCUUUCCCUCAAACCUCUCUACCUUGUCAACCUUUUCUUCGCUUAGUGAUCCCUCUAAUCCAUCUAAGGACUCUCUUGGAUCGUCCCAUGCCGGUGACUACAAGGGCGACAGACUGCUUCGAGAUACGUUCACAGGCUCACCGGCCAAGGACGCACGUUUUCAAAACCAAAGGCAACAGCUUCAAAAGUGGUACUCUGAUUCUUCGGAAUUAUCAAUCAUUGGGAACAAUGGUAAUAUAAGUAAACCCAACACAUCUAGACGAAGCUUAAAGAGAGAUACUGCAAAUUCCGUCCGAUCUGCUCCAUCCAAAUUCCCAAGAUCGAAAAUGGGACCUAAAGCCAAAGCAAGAGGGUUCCGCUCUCUCCUUCGAGAGCUCACAACUAAAACCAGCCUCGCCUCUCCAAGCCUAUCAGCCAAAGAUCACUUCCUGUCUUCAAUCGAUACUAGCAAAUAUGACCAAAAAUAUGUCGAUAACCUAUGGGAAGCGGCAUCAGAUUGGGCCGAAGAUCUGCAUAUCAGAGGUAGGAAGUUCAGGAUCAACAAAGGUGAAUGGAUUUCGACUGUUGGGAUGAACUUGGAUGCAUUCAAAGCUUCCAUUGCUACUCAAUUACUCAGAUCGGACGAUGCAAAGUCUAAGACUUCGGAGAGAAGGGUAGAGAGACGGGUGGAAGAGAGUGAUGGGAUGGUGAGGUUCAGAGAUAAAGGUAAUGCUUGGAAUUUGAAUCGAAGGUUUAAGAGGAAUGACGCUUCUCAGCUGUGUUGA